AGCACUUCAGCGAGAAAAGAAGGCUGGCUGCAAGCCUAAAACGGAUUCCCGAGUUCCGGGAGGCCUGAGAAGGUAGCGGAGUCAUAAAAGUUGAGCAGAGAACCGUUUCUGCAGUCCAGAAUCUGAGAAUUGGCUCGCAUCAGCGGUAUUAGGGAAGGUUCGGGUUGUUUCAGGGGCUCGUUCUGAGCAGCAGCAACAACAAAACCCAGGCCACGCAGUCACCGCGUUUCGUUAGAACCACCUUUCGCUGCUGGACGGCCAUAACGCUUGACAGCUGACGGCACCCUCGGAAAGAAAAGGCAGCCUUAUAAUUCCAAGCUGAAAAGGACAGUAACUAGUUAGUGCUUCUGUUCAAGUGUUCAUAAUAAGAACAGAAAAUGGAAAAGGUGAACACAGAGUCAUAUUUAUAUCCAGUUUAUUUUGAAGAUUGACUUCACAACUUGCUGCAUUAAGCAUGAAUUACUCACGUUUCAUUACUGCAGUAAGUGCAGCAAGACAAGCAUCUCCAAUAAGAGUUCUCACUGAAUUGAUGCAGCAAUCUCCCCCAUCAUUAAUUUCUCUGGCUGGAGGAGCACCAAAUUCCAACAUGUUUCCUUUCAGAACUGCUACCAUUAUCAUUAAAGAUGAAACAAGAGUUGAAAUCAAGGAAGAGCUGAUGAAGAGAGCUCUCCAGUAUUCUGCUUCAGCAGGCAUUCCAGAACUGUUGUCCUGGUUGAAGGAUUUGCAGAAGACUGUCCAUAACCCUCCAACAGUUGACUACAGUCCUCAGGAAGGACAAAUGGAAAUGUGUAUCACUACUGGAAGCCAAGAAGGGCUAUGUAAAGUGUUUGAAAUGCUUAUUAAUCCUGGAGAUAACAUUCUUUUGGAUGCCCCCACUUAUCCUGGGACGAUAGCUGCUCUUAGACCGCUGGGUUGUAACAUCAUCAAUGUGCCCAGUGACCAGCAUGGUAUGAUUCCAAAAGCUUUGAAAGAAGUUCUUUCCAGGUGGAAUCCAGAAGAUGUAAAAAAGCUCAGGAAUGAUACCCCAAAAUUUCUAUACACAAUUCCUAAUGGUGGCAAUCCAACAGGAGCCUCACUGACAACAGAACGCAAGAAAGAGAUCUAUCAGCUUGCAAGACAAUACGAUUUCCUUAUAAUAGAAGAUGAUCCAUAUUAUUUCCUUCAAUUUAACAAGCCUUGGGCACCAACCUUUCUUUCAAUGGACAUUGAUGGGCGAGUUAUCAGGACUGACUCCUUUUCUAAGAUCCUCUCAUCUGGGCUAAGAAUUGGAUUUCUAACUGGUCCUAAGCCAUUAAUUGAUAGAGUUAUUCUACAUAUACAGGUUUCUACAAUGCACACCAGUACCUUCACCCAGAUUAUGAUAGCCCAGCUUCUUCAACAAUGGGGACUGAAAGGUUUCCUGGACCAUGUAGAGAGUGUGGUGGAUUUUUACAAAAAACGGCGAGAUGUGAUGCUUAAUGCAGCAGAUAAAUGGCUAAAAGGUCUGGCAGACUGGCAUAUCCCUGCUGCUGGAAUGUUUCUAUGGAUUAAGAUUAAGGGAGUUCCUGAUACCCAAGAACUGAUCAUGAAAAAAGCUUUGGAGAAACAAGUGUUGCUUGUCCCUGGAUGUUCAUUUAACAUUAACAGUUCUGAUCCCAGCUCUCAUGUCAGAGCCUCCUUCUCUCUCUCUUCUCCAAGUCAGAUUGAUCAGGGUUUCCAAAGAUUGGCUGACAUCAUUAAAGAAGCUGUAUGAUUUAUUAAAUGAAAAAUCCUUAAGAAGAAAAAUACGUUUUUCCAGCUGUAUAGAAUAUACAAUGAUAUAGAAUAUAAGUGAUAAAGAAUUUUAUGCACUUUUAAAAUGUACAUUAACAUCUGAAAACAUUAUAUGAAUAUGUGCAAAACUUACUUAUUAAUUAGGUUGCCACAAAAACUUUAUUCAGGGUGAAAUCUUUUACCACCAAAGUUUUUAAUACUUUUCAGAUUUCACAGGGAUGCUGUUUUUUUAUCUUAGUAUUCUCCCCGAAGGUAAGCAUUAUACAUUUCAGAAUCAGGCAUAUUUGUGUGGAAUUGGUUUAAUUUCUGUUUCUUUUAAUAAUGUUCUAUAUCUUCUAAUACUUGUCAUGAUUCAUUCAGAAAUUUUUUAAGUCUAUUGCAUGUUUUGUAUUUCUUUGAAGUUUAAAACAAACAAAACUAAGUGGGAAAAAGUUUUCUGCAAAUGGAAAUUUAAACUCAAGGAAACCACAGGUAAGAAUGAGCAGAAUUUGAGAAUAGACUCCCUAAUAUGAACAACUUUAUUUUUUGGCCCAUAUAAAUUAAAUAUUCCAUUAUAUAAUGCUGUGUAUAUCUUAUAAAUUAAAACUGUAUUUGAUGUCAUCAUAGGAAUUCUUUCACAGCAAAGUUUUCUAUGGAAAUCCUGAUCUCCUAUACUUAAAAUUUUGGAUUAAGAAAACAGACCUUCAUAAUAAAUUUCAGUGUGUAAAAGCAGGAAAAUUUAUAUAUUUUUUAAAAAUGCUAUUUACAUUUUUCUGAGUUUCAUCCUACACAGUCACCUAUAAGAUUCCUAUCCUCUAGUUUAGAAAAACAAACAUCUAUAUCAAUAAAUAACAUUCUGUCUAUUUCUUCUGAGAGUAGAUAGCUUUAUUUUCAGGAUGCAUAUUUUAAAUACUCAAUAAUUGAAUUAUAGAAGUGAGAUCAUGUAAUACUUAUGAAAAGAGAAAUACUUCCUCCGCCUGGUUAUUGGCCAAGCAAAACAAGUUGUCAAGCUACGAAGAUUUAUUUUAUUUGGACUGCCAUAUUGUUUCUAGCUUGUCUACAGUUGCAAGGGGGGGGGGGAGAGAAGAAGAAAUGAAGAAAUGUGUUGGCCAGUUGAAGGUUUCUUCUCUCAUAACAAUUGCUGGAAGAUUAAUUGGACAGUGUGAUUGAACUGUCAGAGAGGGAGGGAAGAUUUUACUCUUUUAAUUAUCUGUUUCCACCAUGUUGCCUGCGCUACCUUUUCUUCUAUUUGCCAGUAUGUUAUGCCUAAUUAAAGUUAACAUUAAAGAU